CCUUCUAAAUUGGUCAUCGGACUUGUGGGCUACCCGAACGUCGGGAAGUCGAGUACGAUUAAUGCCCUCUUAGGCGAAAAGAAGGUCAGCGUAUCGUCAACGCCUGGGAAGACGAAGCAUUUCCAGACGAUCAACCUCUCCUCUACCCUGAUGCUGUGCGAUUGCCCCGGUCUCGUCUUCCCCCAAUUUACGACUACUCGGGCGGAUCUUGUAUGCGACGGAGUGCUUCCUAUUGAUCAACUGAGGGAGCAUACAGGACCCGUCGCCUUAGUUGUGAAGAGAAUCCCCAAAGAAGUUCUCGACGCGAUCUACGGUCUCAAUAUCAAGGUCAAGGGGGAAGAAGAAGGCGGAAACGGAACGAUCACACCUGAGGAUUUCCUUGUGGCAUACGCCAUUGCGAGGGGCUUUAUGCGAUCUGGUCAAGGCAAUCCGGACGAAGCUCGCGCCGCUAGAUUCAUUCUCAAAGAUUACGUGAAUGCGAAGCUUCUGUUCUGCCAUUCACCCCCCGGUGUAUCGGAGGAUAUGUUCAACGAACAGACGCGCGAACUGUCUCUCAAGCGCGCUUUGGGCAAGAAACGUGCACCUACCACCCGUGUGGUCAAAGGGGCCGAUACAUUCGUUGCCCAGAAUGGGCCCUCGGCAACAUUUGGACAGGGCGCCGACUCAGAUUCAGCCCCAAAUGACCUGGGCUUGGGUCCAAAGUCUCGUAACAUCGACCAAGAGUUCUUCGCUACCAGUUCCUCCGUCUCGACCAGACCCCGGGUGCAGGGUUCAGCACGGCAUGGUCAUGAGGUCUCACGGAUGCAAUUAUAUCCACAUCAGAAUGCUGUUGCUGACGAUGGCACUGCAUUGACCGGGAGGAGAGCUAGAGUCGCGGCCGUGCUCACGGCCGCGGGCGGCGAGAUUGGGCCCGGGAAGAAAACUCACAAAAAACCGAAGAGGGCGAAGCAGCGAAGUGGGAGGGGUUAUGACUGA